AUGACCACUCCCGCCGUCGCAGCUACCACCAUCCCCGAACCCACCAAGCCCAUCAUGAACUCCACCGUCAUCCCCGUGGACAUCGAGAAUGACGGCCCCCUCUUCCCUUCCUCCCUGAUCUCCCCCGAGAUUAUCUCCAUUUUGCCAACAGACUAUACCAUUCGCCCCCUGCGCCGCUCCGACUACAAGCGCGGCUACCUGGAUGUCCUGCGCGUGCUGACGACCGUCGGCGAGAUCAGCGAGGAAGCAUGGGACCAGCGCUACGACUGGAUCGCUUCCCGCAAUGACGAAUACUACAUGCUGGUUGUCUGCGACGGCCAGGACAACAUCGUCGGUACUGGUAGCUUGAUCGUGGAGCGCAAGUUCAUUCACUCGCUUGGCAUGGUGGGCCACAUUGAGGAUAUUGCGGUGGAGAAGAACCAGCAGGGCAAGAAGUUGGGUCUGCGGAUUAUUCAGGCCUUGGACUUUGUUGCUGAGAAGGUUGGCUGCUACAAGAGCAUCCUUGAUUGCUCCGAAGCCAACGAGGGCUUCUACGUCAAGUGCGGCUUCAAGCGGGCUGGUCUGGAGAUGGCUCACUACUACUGA